UUCUAUGAACUAGGGACAACAUUUCUCCCAAAUGUUAAUUGAAAAUAAUGUUUUCUCUGUAUGACAUCGAGAAUCGUUUUUUAGGGUGUGAAGAGAGACCUCUGGAGGACAGAGAGAACCGGGCUCCAAAACGUAUGAGCGCGCUUGAUUUUGAGCUCCGAGUUUCCGAGUUGUUGUGUGUCAGUAAAAACAUCGCAGAUUUGAUGAAUCCGACAUGAAUCGACGGUAGACUAAAUGUGUUGAAAUAUCUGAGGUUCUGUGCAGCCCCUGGGGUUGUAAGCUGAUUAUCUGGCUGCUCCAUUGCACGCCACUCCUGGAGGGAGGAGAUUUGGAGCUAAAAUAAACCCUAAGUCCUAUCGGCUGCAUGUUUACAGGUCAGGUUUAACAGAAACACACACAUUGCUGCAGCUCCCAGAUACAACUGCAUUCGCAUUAGGACUCUCUCUCUCUCUCUCUCUAUCUCUCUCUCUCCCUGCUCUCCCUGUCACGGAUCACACAGGAUGGAAAAAGAACCAGUGUCUUAAGCUUUUCUGGGACGUAGUGACCAGCUCAUUCUUUCAUAGCUCUCAUCUGAGGUCUUGUCCAGGAUAACCUGAUUUUGUUUUUACGACUGUCUGCACGAGCUCUGGAGUGAGUCGGAUUCUUUGUUUCCAUGCCGACCCUUAGGAUGGUGUUUUUGUUGUCUUUGGUGGACUGAGGUAUCCCACAGCGCCGAGCACUGCUAGAAUGCCUGUGCAUCAAAUAUCAGUCGUGCCUAUCGCCAAGGAGACUGCCAGCAACAUUCGGAGCUCCAGCAGGACUAGAGACAAGAGUAAAGAGAAUGAGGGUGAGAAGGCACAUAGGCCAUCAGGAAGUCGAUCCAGCAGUAUUUCUAAGGCGAGUAGUUCCAAGGAGACCCAUGGUGCCGUGUUAAAAAGCGUUUCUCAAACAUCAGUCACACCCUCAUCUCAGGACAUAUGCAGCGGUUACACUAAACUUGAUGGCCCAAAUCAGACCACACCCAUCAUGCCCAUAAGCCACGCCCCUGACUCUGCCCCCAACUCAAAGAGACAAGUCAAACAUCGCGUUCGGCGGCGACGGGAGAGCAGCAGAACCAGAGCCGGGUGUGUCACAGAGUGUGUCAACCAACCAAGACCUUCACGGUCACAUAAAAAAGUGUGCACACAUUCGGACUCAUCCUCUGAAGACGAGCAACGCCGGAAAGAGGCUCACUCCUGGAGCCGUCAGAAAGAGAGACGGAGGCGCAGCGGCAGCCGUCACACGCUAUCACGGUCCCGUGAAGCACAGGAUGGCGUCGAGCUUGUGUCUGUCAACUCAGAUGAGGGACAGAAAGAGAACAGGCCACCGCAUUGCAAGGGUCCCAGCGCCAAGGGUCACAAAAAAGUUCAGUCAAAAAGGGAGGAGCACGGGAGCCAGGCAGCCAAUCACAGCAGAGAGGGUGGGCGUGGCAGUAGUAGGUGUGGAAGUGAGGAGGAUGAACCUAUUACAAAGGCAUAUGAGGAGCGAGGUUCAGGACACCCAGAUAUGGCUGUUCCAUCCGCCUACAAAUGCACGUUUUCCACAAAUCAAAACGGCACAGCUCAUCAAGCAUGCACUGAUGAUGAACUAGAGGUGUGCAGAAUCUGUCACUGUGAAGGUGAUGAAGAAUGUCCCCUCAUCACUCCCUGCCACUGUACAGGAAGUUUGCGUUUUGUGCAUCAUACUUGUCUGCACCAAUGGAUCAAGAGCUCUGAUACACGCUGCUGUGAGCUGUGCAAAUAUGACUUCAUCAUGGAAACACAUCUCAAACCUCUGCGCAAGUGGGAGAAGCUGGAGAUGUCUACAAGUGAACGGCGAAAGAUCUUCUGCUCUGUAAUCUUUCACCUGGCAGCCGUGAUGUGUGUCGUCUGGUCUCUUUAUGUUCUGAUUGACCGCACAGCCGAAGAAAUCCGACAUGGAAAGAACAAUGCGUUGCUGCGUUUGUCCCCUCUCCCUGCCGUAGGCGUGCUGGAGUGGCCGUUCUGGACAAAGCUUAUUGUGGUGGCCGUUGGUUUCACUGGAGGACUCAUCUUCAUGUACAUUCAGUGCAAAGUCUACCUGCAGCUGUGGAGGAGGCUGAAGGCUUUCAACAGGAUCAUCUUUGUACAGAACUGCCCCGACACCGCUCGCAACGGAGAUAACAGGCCGGCCCUGAUCACCCAAAGCAGCGGCAGACAUGAGGCGGUGGAUGUUCCUGGACAACAGACACAAACAAACAUGUCCUGCCCCGCCCCCUCAGGAAGUCUGGAGGUGGCACCAGUUUGACAGUGGAUGUGAAUGUUUCCUGCCUCUUGUCAAAAAUGGGCUUGAGGAAAGAAAGCUGGACGCAUCUGAAAUGGCUCGGUAGUUGAUGUUAGGUGCUCGGCACGUUUUUUUUUGUGCAAUUUAAGGUUUAAGGAGUGGGGAAAACCUAGCCAAGGACUACUGGUGUAUUUGACCAUAGUGUUGUAAUUUAGAUACAAAAAGCACAUUUUCUGUGCCGUUUGGUGCAUCUGUUUCAGAAUAAGGAAGAAUAAGGUCCUAAUUCUUUGCAAACUGAGAAGCAGUUGCAUUGUAAUCCUCUAUGUCUGAUUUUAUGGCUCACACCCUUAAUAGUCUUACACUAGGAAUAUAGCACAUCUAGAAAACCUUAGUCACACUCAUUUUACUUAAUUACAUUUUAAAAACAUUAAAUAGAAAAAUAGUAACCUUUAAAGAACCAAAGUGUAACCAAAGAGUUACAGUCAUGAUAAAUAGCUUGUAUUUGUUUAUCAUAUUAAUCGUGAAUUUAUUUUUUAGCAAAACUGUUUAAAAACAAUUAUAACUUUAUUGAUUGAUUUUGACACAAAUAUAUAUUCGUUUUGAAAGAAUGACAGCAUAGAUAUUUGUUUUUUUUGUGUAUUGUUUGUUUAAAGAUAAACAAUAAACCAACCAUAGGGAAAUGAAAUCCUGGUUGACAAUAACUAUACAGGGAGGAAGUUAAGCUUCUUACAGAUUUUGCUAUUGUUAGAAAACAAGUUAUGUGUGGUAUAUUUAUGUUCUUUUACACUUUAAAGGAUGACCAAACUGUAUUUUCUCUACAGCCUAACUAAAAUAAUCCACUUAUAUUGUUUUGUAAUGUGUGAUAUUGGAAUAUCGUUUUAUGGAGUGAUUAUUGUAAUAUAUUAAAAACAAUCAACAAAAUGCUCUCAAAUGAUAAUUACUUUUUGCCCACACUAAACAAAUUAUUUUUUACCAGCUGUUUUAUUUAAUAUUUUUACUUUUUUCCAAACUUUACUUUUGCAGCUUUUAAGAAGGGCACUGUGUUUUAUGUAUGUGAU